AUGUUGACUGUUCUACUUUUUCCCAUCCCACCGUACGAAGCGCUGUUUUUAACUUCAUUCAGAUUUGGAUCCAGGUUCCAGCCGACAGACCUGCUGACUCUCUCUCGUUCCCGCUUUCCGUAUUUUUAAAGUCCAAAACGAGGUUCUAGGAAACGCGAUCUAAUCACAACUAUGGCGUCUGCUUUACUCCAUUCGCCCCCAAACGAAGAAAUAAAGUAAAAAGGGUAAACGAAGACAAAAGAAAUCGGAAAUAAAUUGAAAGAGACAGUUUGCAUGAGAGUCGUAUAAAUGACAGUUCAUUCUCCUUCGAACCCGUCGUUUUCUUCAAUGGCUGAGGGAUGACUUCUCAAUCUCUGAUUCUCUGCUGUCACUAUUCUGUUUAGAUCUGUCAUUGGAAAUGAUAACAUCUCAGGUUUUGAACUGUUGAUAGCCUGGAAAGAUCAAUCCCCUUCCGGAUUUUCAUCACGUUUCUGUGGUUAGAUCGACUCCUGAAGCACCUCAAUUCGCUGAAUUCUCCUUUUUUACUGUCCUCUUGAGAUAUAAAACAGACUGAUGGAGAUGCUGUUUUUUGAAUUUCUCUUGAAAUUCUGACCUUCGAUUGAUUCUACUAUAGGUCAGAUUGGAUUCAGGGAAGGUCCUUUACUUUGGGUUGGAAAUGGAGAAUGGUGAGACUAGGAUGAAGCUUGAGAUCUUGAGGUUGAAGGACGACCGAGGUCUCGAUCGUAGAUGUGGUGGACAAUUCAAAGCAGAGCCUUCUGUUUUAGGGAGUACGGAUAUCUCUGUUUCUUCGCCGGUCACUCGGCAGAAAGCCGCUGCUGCGAAGCAGUUCAUAGAGAACCAUUAUAAGAAUUAUCUACAAGGCCUUCAGGAUCGUAAAGAGAGACGUUGGGCACUUCAGAAGAGAGCACAAGAAGCUAACGUUUCAAAUGAAGAACAACAAGAGAUGCUGAGGAAUUUGGAACGCAAAGAAACUGAGUAUAUGCGAUUACAGAGACAUAAAGUGGGAAUUGAUGACUUUGAGCAAUUAACAAUAAUUGGAAAAGGGGCAUUUGGUGAGGUAAGGCUUUGUCGUGCUAAAAGCACUGGAGAAAUUUUUGCAAUGAAGAAGUUGAAGAAAUCAGAAAUGCUCAGUCGUGGACAGGUUGAGCAUGUUAGAUCUGAGAGGAACUUGCUUGCUGAAGUUGAUAGCCGGUGCAUUGUAAAACUUUUCUAUUCAUUUCAGGAUUCUGAUUUCUUGUACCUUAUCAUGGAAUAUUUACCGGGUGGUGACUUUAUGACUCUUCUGAUGAGGAAAGAUGUGCUUUCAGAAGAUGUCUCACGAUUUUACAUAGCAGAAAGUAUCCUAGCAAUUCAUUCAAUUCACCAGCAUAACUAUGUUCAUAGGGACAUAAAGCCAGAUAAUUUGUUAUUGGACAAAAAUGGGCAUGUAAAACUCUCAGAUUUUGGCUUGUGCAAACCCCUAGGUUUUAAAUAUUCAUCAUUUCUGUUGGAAAAUGAGGCACUUGUACAGGAAUCCGCAAAAACUGAAACUGAAGGCCAUCCCACCUAUGAUAGGGCACCUUGGUUGAUGCCAAAAGAACAACUACAACAGUGGAAACGCAAUCGACGUGUGCUGGCCUAUUCUACUGUGGGAACUCUUGAUUAUAUGGCACCUGAAGUGUUACUGAAGAAAGGUUAUGGAAUGGAGUGUGACUGGUGGUCUCUGGGUGCAAUAAUGUAUGAGAUGCUCAUAGGCUAUCCUCCCUUUUGUUCUGAUAACCCAAGGAUCACUUGUCGAAAGAUAAUUAACUGGAAAACAUGCUUGAAAUUCCCUGGUGAACCAAAAAUAUCAGAUGAAGCUAAGGAUCUGAUCUAUCACUUGCUAUGUGAUGUUGAAACAAGGCUGGGGACCAGAGGAGUGGAAGAAAUCAAGGCACAUCCAUGGUUUAGAGGCAUUCAGUGGGAUAUGCUGUAUGAGAUGGAAGCUGCCUACAAACCUACUGUCAAUGGGGAAUUAGAUACCCAGAAUUUUGAGAAGUUUGAUGAAGUAGAAUGCCCAUCAUCAGCAUUGCCAAGAGUAGGACCCUGGCGCAAGAUGUUGACAUCAAAAGAUGCAAAUUUCUUAGGGUUUACUUUCAAGAAGUCAGACAUGAUAAACUCCAUCAGUACUUCAGAUAUGAGGUCGAAUGGUUCUUCAAAGAUGCCAUCUCUUAAGUCCUUGUUUGGCCAAGUUGACCUGCAAGAAAGUGUGAACUCAAGUGGUGAUACAUGAGUUCUGGACCACUUUCAUCUUCCUCUCUCGCUGGUUUAUGCCUCCAUUGGCUACAUAUGUAUGAUAUGUAAAGGUAUUUAGUGAAGCAGGACCCAUUUUAUUUUCCUCUCCAUUUCGUAAACAUUCGAUAGAAUGCCUACUUGAGCGUUUGAUUUUGUCUUGGCCACCAAUUUUUUCAAGUAUGUUGUAUAAAUGCCUUUAGUAGGAAUAUGGCGAAUGUAUUGCCUCACAAUUUUAUGAGGACUUUGUAAGUAAUAUAUUGAGAUAAGCUUGAGUAUACGACUCCCUCUCAGAAUCAGUUAAUCGUU